AUGGCCGAUGAUUCAACACGACCUAUAUCUGUGGAUCUUCAGUUGAAUGAUGGAGAGUCUCAGGAUGUUCCUGACAAUAUACAGAAAAUUAUCAACAGUGAAAAAGAGGCUUCUGAAAUUCCAAGUAAAAGAGCCAAAGUAGAUCUGCAGUCACUUCCGACGAGAGCCUACUUGGACCAGACUGUUGUGCCUAUCCUCUUGGCAGGCAUGUCAGUAUUGGCAAGAGAGAGACCACCAAACCCAGUGGAGUUUCUUGCUGCAUAUUUACUAAAGAACAAGGACCAGUUUGAUUAA